AUGACUGAAGAAACUUCAUUCCCAGAUUUAGACAAGAUCAAUAAUCAACCAAUUGAUGAUAAAUAUAGAGUUGCAAAGGAUUUAUUUGCAGGUACUAUUGGUGGUAUAACUCAAGUUUUAGUUGGUCAACCUUUUGAUACAACAAAAGUACGAUUACAAUCCGAUACAACAGGUCAAUAUAAAAACACUUUAGAUGUUGUUAAAAAAUUAAUUUCGAAUGAAGGUCCUCAAGGGUUUUAUAAAGGUACUUUGACUCCAUUGAUUGGUGUUGGUGCUUGUGUUUCAAUUCAAUUUGGUGUUAAUGAAUAUAUGAAGAGAAAUGUAUUCAGUGAUUUUAAAAUUUUAUCAAAUUCUCAAUAUUAUCAAUCUGGUCUUGUUGCAGGUGUGGCAAAUUCUAUCUUAGCUUCACCAAUUGAACAUAUUCGUAUUAGAUUACAAACUCAAUUGAAAGGUAAUUUAGGUCCUUUAGAUAUUAUUAAAAACAUUUAUAAAUCAAAUGGGGUUAGUGGAUUAAUGAAAGGUUUUAUACCAACUGCUAUAAGAGAAGGUCAUGGUAUGGGUAUGUAUUUCCUUACAUUUGAAUACUUGGUUAAACAAGAUAUCUUGAAAAAUAAAGUUGAAAGAAAAGAUAUUCCAGGUUGGAAAUUAUGUCUUUAUGGUGCAGGUGCAGGUUAUAGUAUGUGGUUUUCAGUUUAUCCAAUUGAUGUUAUAAAAUCAAGAUUACAAACAGAUUCAUUAAAUAAACCUAUUUAUAAAAAUAUGUUUCAUGUAACUUCAACAAUUUGGAAAACUCAAGGUUUAAAAGGGUUUUUCAAAGGUUUUAUACCAACAAUUUUAAGAGCUGCUCCAGCUAAUGCUGCUACAUUUUAUGCAUUUGAACUUACAAUUAGAUUAUUAGGUUAG